AUGUUAAUGUUACGAGCUCAAGCCUCCCAAAGGGAUAUUUCUUUUUUUGUAGGUAGCUUACGACAACUGAUUACAGAUGUUGUUUGGAAAGCCAUUGAUAGGUUGUCAUGUUUAAUAUUUACUGAUUCCAGGUGUGAUCAUCGAUCACUUUUGCUGAUUCGUCUUUUCCAAUCUCAUACCUUGUAUGCCUUUCGCUCAUUAUGCACACUGUAUUCUAAGAUUUUGGACUAUGAACGCAAUAAUCGGGCUGAGAUGCUUGGUUCUGCGUGGCUUUGCAUAUGCAGAGUGAUGAAAUGCAUAAAUUCCUACCUAGAAAGGUUAUUUCUCCGCAGCGAUGCCAAUUGGUUCUUUCAUCUUGUAGACUGCAUGAGAGCAGUGAGUUGA